CGCCUCGCCUCGCUGGACCCUUUGCGGUUGGCGUCCCCGUUCUUCCCUCCCUUUCCUCUCAAACCCCCUUGCCCUCUUCGCUCGUAAUCAUGGCGCACGCAGCCGACAAGCACUCAGCCCUUGAUGAUCAGGAACGCAAUUGUACGAUGUUGCAGGCUUUCGAGUGGUACACUCCCGGCGGCGGUACACACUGGGAAUGGCUCGCCUCUCAAGCGCCCCGCUUCGCCUCGCUAGGCAUAACGGCCGUCUGGCUCCCUCCCGCAACCAAGGGCUCAGGACCAGACGACGUAGGCUACGGUAUCAGCGAUCUGUGGGACAUUGGCGAGUUCUCCCGCGUAGAAGGCGAAGACCCUCGCACCAAGUACGGCACUCGCGCUCAGCUUGAGGCAGCCAUGCGGGAAUUGCGCAAGAAUGGCAUCGCAUGCUACAUGGACGCUGUGCUCAACCACAAGCUUGGGGCGAAUCGCACAGAGACGUUUCGCGUACAGCAGGUGGACGACAAUGAUCGUACCAAGCCCAUUGGAGAGGAGAGGGACAUCGAAGGUUGGACGGGUUUCGAUUUCCCUGGUCGUGGUGGAAAGUACUCGGACUUCAAGUACAACUUCAACCAUUUCACUGGAGUCGACUAUGAUCAGAAGACGGGGGACAAGGGCGUAUUCCGCAUCUUGGGCAAGAACAAGAGCUUUGCGGAUGAUGUGGAUCAGGAGAAGGGAGGGUACGAUUAUUUGAUGGGAGCGGAUGUGGAUCAUGCCCAUCCCGAUGUUGCCAAGGAUAUCAUUGAUUGGGGAAAGUGGAUGAUCCGCACAUUCCCUAUGUCAGGCUGGCGAUUCGACGCCGUAAAACACAUCAGCCGAGAAUUUAUCCACGACUUCGUCUCGGCCAUCCGCGAUGAAGCCCGCAAGUUGCGCGAGGAGCAAGGCAAGCCCAAGCUCGACGAGAGCGAAGGCCCCAUCAUGUUUGGCGUUGGCGAGUUCUGGGCAGACAAGACGGAAGCUUGCCUCGAGUACCUGGAGAAGUUUGGCGACGAGCAAUUCUCCCUAUUCGACGCCCCUCUGCACUACAACCUCGUCGAAGCGGGCAACGCCGGCAAGGAUUACGACCUGCGCAAGGUCUUCGACGGUACAAUCGUCCAAGCCCGUCCAAUCGACGCCGUCACUCUCGUAACGAACCACGACACCCAAAAGGGCCAGGCACUCGAGUCCGUCGUUGCUCCCGACUUCAUGCCUCUGGCGUACAGCAUCAUCCUGUUCCGCCAAUCCGGUUACCCUUGCAUCUUCCUCGGUGACCUCGACGGGUGCCAUUCCGAGGACGGGGCCUCCAUCUCCACUCCACCCAUGUCCGAUCUCGCGAAAUUCCUGCAAGUCCGCAGGUACUUUGCCUUUGGGGAGCAGCGCGAUUAUUGGGAUCACCCAAGCUGUGUAGGUUGGACGCGCGGUGGGAGCGAGCAGCACGAUGGGAUGGCGGUGGUGCUGUGUGUCGGGGAGGAGGAGGGCAAGAAGUGGAUGGAGGUGGGGCAGAGAUAUAAGGGGACGGAGUGGGUUGAUGCGAUUGGGUGGCUCGGGGAGGGGGCGAGCGUCAAGGUGAAUGACGAGGGGUGGGCCGAGUUUCGUAGCCCCGCGCAUAGCGUUGGAGUGUGGGUGCCGAAGGACGCCAAGCUGAGGAGUGAGAUUGGGAAGUGAGCUUGGCAGGCGGCGGCGAGGUGUGUAGAAUAGAGUAGUUGGCCAUCUGGAGCCGCAAUAGAGAGCGGAUUUGGAUCAGAGACGGCUCGGCCCGUCAGUGGUGCGGUCGCAGACUUGUGUCCGUCACUGUUGAUGAUCAGCUAGGGAAUUUAGUCAUACGUUCGCUCUGAAGACUCGUGACAUCCGACCACACAUAUCAUCUUGCUACCACAGCCCAG